UUGGAGAAAUGGCGUGGUGAGCUCCUGCCAUUCUCCAUCAUCUUGGGCGAGUUGUUGGCGGGGUUACCCUUCCAGAACGCAUACGAGCGGAAGAACCUGGGUCUAUCAACAUACAUCUGCAAACUAUUAGCUUUCAUCGAGAGAAUGACGAUCCAAAAAGUGGCUCAUGACUUGGGCGGCGAGCAGCACCUCGAGCACACCGAGGCCGACCAGAGAAUGUUCGUUAUCGAGGCAGGGGAUCCAAUUCUUGAAAAACCAGGCGGGGAAUCCAGUUUCAGACAUGAAGAGGACGACGCAUUCUGGCUGGUUUGGGACGCUCGAUCCCCUGUGGGUUCCACCGUCAGCACAGGCGCCACAAAGACGAGGCCAGAUGAAAAAUCGAGCAAAAAUAUGCAACACUCACUCGAUGAUGAUAAUGUUGGCAAUAAAGACGAAGAGGAGCGAGAGCAUGGAAAAGAAACGCAGAGCGUUGAGGAGGAAGAACUUGGGCUUGGAGGGGAUAGACAGCAUGGCCAGCAAGGUGUACGCGUUGGAUUACUCGUGAAAAGGUGUGAAAAGAUAAACUGGGAGCUUCGGCUGAAGGAGAGGAGGAAAGAGCGCACGAUCGCGGCUUAUAAGGUCACCUGUGGACCCCCAUUCAGUCCGCAGGGCACGGCCUCAAUCGAUCACCAUGCCCAUCUCGAUGCUUCUUGGAUCCCGGUGAUCACGCCGCCACCCGGUCACUCCGUCAAGCCACUUCCUCCGUUCAUUUCCGAGCCCUUGUCGUCAGCAACAACGCCCAUUGUUCUAUCCGACAGCAGCGGCGGCGGCGCGGGUCAAUGUAGUACUCACAACAUGAUUCAGUCCGACCUUUUGUGCGUGUGGACAGAAUUUAGACGAUUUGCCCUGUCAAUGCAUUCAGUCAAGAGCACGGCCGAGAAUCGCUAUUAUUCACCCUACAACCACGGUCAGCCAUUUGUUUCACCGACGUUUCCAAGAAUAUCAUGCGUACCAAACGAGUGCAUAUUUAAAGUUCGGAACAAGAGACCGGUGUAUCCCGAGGCAAACACCUUGACAAGGCCAAUCUCCUUUACGAUGGGCGGUGUUGGUGACCCUGGUGAGCCCAAGAACUAA